GAACACUAUAUAAUCAAAACUCAACCAUCAGCAACUGUACUUCACAAUGAUUCAACAGUGUUAUGAAAGGAGAGGCACUAAGGAAGUUCUCUGUUUCCCUCUGGGGCCAUACACCCAUCCUGGGCUAGUGAUCAAGGACUCUAUUAGCUGAAUCAGGAACUAGGUAGGACCCAUUCAAGACCUGGCUGUGCUAAGCCAAGGUCUGUCUGUAGGGAAGAGGCUUGUUAAGGUAAAAACAUUACAGAGAAGUUCAAACUACAGUUACACAUGGUUAACACCCUUGCAUUUCUGAUUCCUAAGAACAGUGUAAAAUUCAUCUGGUUGAAUUUAUUCUUGGAAUAGAAUAGAAUAGAAGUGCAGCACAUUGGAUAUCCUUCCUCUUAGCAUCUUGACUAAUCAAAUGAAUUCUGACCUUCUUUCCUCAUUCUUCUAGCUGGAUCCUGAACCUCUUCCAUGAAAGAAUUGAAAACAAUUUGAAACAAUUCUUGGAGAAAAAGAUCUGCGAAAUAAUCAGGACAAUGGCAAAAUCACAGCUUCAGCCCUAUCUCCAGACCCUGCCAGUCACCGCAGUGAUCGAUAGUGUUGCUGGCAUUGAUUACCGUCUCAUAGAUGCUCCCAAGGUGACCUCUACAACCCUAGACACAUUCUUCAAGGCUGGAUUCUUUCACCGGAGUGGGCUCUUCUCCAGCCCCUUCAGUGCUCCACCCAUCCAACUGCCUCAGGUGCACAACCACAUGGUCUACUUUGCUGUUUCUGAAUACGUCUUCAACACAGCCAGCUGGGUUUACCACAAGGCUGGGAGCAUGAACUUCACCAUCCAGAAUGAGCAUCUUAAGGACCUCAAGAAGCUCUCCGAGAGUCAGCAGGCUCGGGAGCUGCGCAGGAAGUAUUUGAACCCAGGCUGUCCAAAGUCCAUGCCCUCAGCUUUUACCUCGAUGGCCUCCUGCUUCCUGAGUAGCUUCAUACUGAACUUCAUGCAGCUGCCCCUGGACGCCAACAUCCGUCUGAAUACUGACUCCUUCCAGGCCGCCAUUCCACGACUGACAAGACUAUACCCAAAAAUGGAGCUAGAAUUGGAUGUAUCUCCUGAAUCAGCUCCACUCCUAAAGUUCACCCCUGGGAAUGUGACAGUCCAGGCAGUGAUAGAUGUCCAGGCCUUCGUGGUCCUGGCCAACUCAUCUGUGCGCAAGUCAGUCUUCCAGCUCAGGGCGAGCACCAACAUCUCUGCCAUCAUCACUGUGCAGUCCACCAGAAUCUUGGGCUCUGUGUCCACAGGAAGCAAAUUGAAGUUGGAAUUGAAACGCUCUGAUAUAGGAUUCUUCAACGUAGAACUGAUGGAAAGUCUUCUCAACUACUUUGCACUUCAUACCAUUUACCCUGUUCUCAAUGCCAAGCUGGAGGAAGGCUUUCCAUUGCCUCUACCUGUGGACACUUCCAUCAACAGCCCUGUACUUCAGGCCUACGAGAACUACUUGCUCCUUAGUGCUAACAUUAAUUAAGGCUGAAGACAGAGCAGUGACUGUGGCAGGAAGAGUGAAAGAGAGGAAAGCCCUCAACCUCCUCUUCCUGGAGUGCCCCAUCCCAUGAACGCACAGCUCCCACUGCAUCCCCACCUGUCCCCACUUUCCCAGGACCUGGCCUUUCCCCCUUGCUGCUGGUUGAAGCCUGGCUUGGGGGAAUCUCAGGUUUGACUCCUCACCUGUGUGUCACUCACUUAUCUCCAAUAAACUUCAAUAGAGGAAAAAGGCA